GAGACCUUAAUUUAUGCAUUAGCAAAUAACUUUCGACGGAACAACUGUGCGAGGCGAUAUCGUUCGAUAUUUGCACACUGUUUGGAUGUAUGUUGUGUAAGUAGCGUCCGCUGAGGCCAAUAUGGGAGGAAUUAAUUUGAGCUGAGAACAGGCAAACGUCCUGAUCAAAAACAGGUAGCAAAAAUGGCGCAUUCCACCCCAGUUGUCGAGCCAUUCGCUAACAUCUCAGCGCAAGAGUUGCUAAAAAAUACCCCCGGUUUGUUCGGAUGGGUAAGAAAGGAGGAGACUGCCGGACUGCGGUCGAUGGUGAAAGCACUUGAUUGGCCCUGGCGUUAUAUGAUCCUCAGUAAAGGAUGCCUGUAUUUAUUCAAGCAUUCCGAUGACCAGGACUUUUGUGAGGCAGUCCCUCUCAGCAACUUUAGAGUGUGUAAUGCCCCUGAGAAAUCUAAGUACCCGUGGGUUUUCAAACUGAUUCACACGAAGUCAUAUGACGUCAAGACGUUGGUGUUUGCCGUGGACACAGACUUUGAUUUAAAGAAAUGGCAAGACGCUAUUGGUAUAGAUAUGGACAAGUAUUGCCGUGAUUCACCGCGUGCGGAUGACGCUGAUGGAUACAGUUCGAUAGACGAUGACGAAACAUCCAAACCGCCGAGUCGUGCCCAAACAUUCCAAAUAAGGGAACGACCACCUGCACCUCUACCAGACACCAGGCGUCGUAGUUCUUGUACAUUUCUCCCUCCUGAUUUGCCGCAAAAGCCGUUGCCUUCCGUUCCUAAUUAUUCGCAAAAGCCAUUGCCUCCCCCUCCAGGACAGGAGAAACCACAACUUGGAAGAAGACCCAUUGAUCCGAAGCCCGCAACACUGCCUCGCCCACCUUUAACGCCUAGACAAUCAAGCCCAGCAAUAAUGGGGAAAUUUCCAGGACGUUCGUCAGAUUCAUCGGGUCUCACGGCUCAGGGAUAUGAAGACGUAAUUAAUCAACUUCAAAAAGCCAAAGUAAAUCCUUCAGAUAAAAGAGGUCCCAUGCCCACUCCGCCAUCCAAAGGUGGCUCCGCAGCUCUUCGCAAACCAGCAAAGCUUGGGAGAGGUGCCCCUGAUGGACAGAGCUUUAAAGUAAAACACAAGGAGGGAGUCCUUCCAAAUUCAGCACUGCUACUUGACAUAGACAAGACGGAGGUUACUUCCCUCCUUGAGAACAAACUUGGUGUUUAUAUCCUGCGUAAUAGCCAAACUGCACAGUCAAAGAUGGCGUUGUCAGUGUGGACUGGUGACCGAGUCCGUCAUUAUGUCAUAUUCCUUGAACAGAGUCAAGGAUACGCUCUUCAACCUGAUGGGCCAAGAUUUGAUAAACUAGAGGAAAUGAUAAGACACUACUACGACUUUAAUCUGCCAAAGUGUGACGUGAAACUCACAAGGCCUUACCGAUCAUGAUCAAUGCAGACCACAUGACUGGAGAGGAUUCUUUUCAACGAGAAAGAAACUUUCAAGUAUAUCGAGUGCUUGUUAGAAUAGCAGGCAAUGAAAAUUUUUGUUUUGGUGCACUUCCCUUAUACAAAGCAGAACUGAGGGAGUGGUGCUGUAAUCGAGAUAUUGACUUUCUAGUUGUAACUCACUUCCUUGUCCAAGUCUUUGAUGAUUAGGGACCUACUCCUCUGUUUUUAACAGAAUUCCCCAUUUUGGAGUGGACGAUCAAUUGAGUAGUUUAAAAUAUAGAAUGUAGAGACCUAACACGCGGGAGGGUUUAGAUAUUUUUGAAAUAUGGUAUUUCUGUACAGCAUCAUUGAUUCAUCUCAAGAUAUUGCCAUUAUCAAGUUUGCAGUUGCUAAUUAAGUAGUUCGUUCGUUGAGGAACCCUUUAGCCAGGGUACUCUGGUUACCGAAGGAAAUUUAUUUUAUGAGGGCAGUGUUAGAAGUACUCGCCUUCCACUGCUGUUGUUCGAGUUCUAUUCCUUGAACCUGGCGACAGAUGUGAGUCGAGUUUACACUUGAUUCUACGGCACUGAAUUCUCAAAAUUAUAUAUUUAAAGCUGCGCACAUCAGAAUAAAGUGCAGCGUAAACGA